GCUCACCAUCAACCUACCUCCCUCCUCUGCACUGCAACCAGCAGAACACCAGAGCUUCAGCCUAGCUCCAAACUUCCAGAGCAGCGAGCGCGAGGCCGGCCGGCUUCAGCGUACAGUCUAAGCACACGCAUGGGAUCGCUGGGCCCUGCUGUGGUGGCGAGCGCGAGCGCGGCGAAGAUGGCCUGCUGCGGCGGCGGCGGCGGCAAGAUGGCGGGGGAGAUGGUGAUCAGCGGCGGCGGGGCCGGGGCGGGGUUCCAGAUGCCGCUGCACUACCCGCGGUACAGGAAGGCGGACUACGAGGCGAUGCCCGAGUGGCGCGUCGACUGCCUGCUCCGCGAGUACGGCCUCCCCGUCGCCGGCGACGUCGAGGACAAGCGGCGGUUCGCCAUGGGCGCCUUCCUCUGGCCCGACCAGUACUGACUGAGCUCGCUACUUACACCCUCGCCACCUUCGACUUCGGUUCGGUUUCGGUAUUCGCAAGCCCGCCCAGCAAUUCGAGGCAACAUCAUCUGUAUUACGUAUUAGUACUAUCGAUCUAUUUAUGCUGAGUUCGUACGUGUUAAUCCAUCUGCCGUACAUAAUGGCGCCAUGAAAUGAUGAUGUAAAUUUUCCUACAGUAUGUUAAAGAUAUAUAGUAUGGGAGAAGGCAUUUGACAUGAUUUUAAUUA